CUCCUCACAGGGCCUUCUCCAGCCCCACCUCCUGUUCCCUGGCCUGGGCCAAGUCCUCUAGCAGGUUCCAGAUGGCUGGUCCCAGAGUUGGAGAGCUAUCUCUGGAGAAGCCCUCCCUCCACAAACUGCCCAGGCAAGAUGUGAGUGUGCCCUGGGGAGACGCCUGGAAGAGGAAAAGGAUCUCAGCUAGUAGGAUGGAUCUGAGCCAGCUCUGUGGUAAGCAGAGCUCCUCUCUGGGCAGCCCCCCUGGUCAGGGGGAGUUUGUGUCCACAGGGAGGAGAUUUCGGCUGACCUUCCGUGCACACACUUCCUCCAAAGACAAGACCACCCAUCUCCACAAGGGCUUUCUGGUCCUCUUCCAAGCUGUGGUUGUGAGCUGCAGUCAGCCCAUCAACCAGGCCAGUGGAGGCUCUGAACCCCUCAUUGCACCGGGAGCCAACUCCUCCAAGAUCCAUAGACACUGCCAGGAACCCUAUUAUCAGGCAGUGCCAGCGGGGACACUCAGCUGCCCAUCCUGGGGGACCUGGAAGGACAGACAGGAUGGGGUGGAGAUUCCUCAGUGUGUACCUGUCUGUGGACAGCCAGUCACCCCCAUUGCCCAGAACCCAAAGAUCCUGGGUUCUUCCAAAGCUAAACUGGGCAACUUCCCCUGGCAAGCCUUCACCAGCAUCUAUGGACGUGGGGGCGGGGCCCUACUGGGCGACAGAUGGAUCCUCACUGCUGCCCACACCAUCCAGCCUAAGGACAGCAUCUGCCUCAGGAAGAACCGGAGCGUGAAUGUGUUCCUGGGCCACACAGACAUAGCUGAGAUGCUGAAAGUGGGAAACUACCCUGUCCGCCGGGUCUUUGUGCACCCAGACUACCAUCAGAACGAGUCCCACAACUUCAAUGGGGACAUCGCCCUCCUGGAGCUACAGCACAGUGUCCCCCUGGGCCCCAACCUCCUCCCAGUCUGUCUGCCUGACAACGAGAGCCUCUACCUUGAUGGCCUGUGGGGCUACGUCAGUGGGUUUGGUGUGGAGAUGGGCUGGUUAACUGAGGAGCUGAAAUACUCAAGGCUGCCUGUAGCUCCAAGGGAGGCCUGUGAGGCCUGGCUCCGGGAGAGGCAUCGAACUGAGGUGUUUUCUGACAACAUGUUCUGUGUUGGGGAUAAGAUGCAGAUGAACAGCGUCUGCCAGGGGGACAGUGGUAGUGUCUAUGUGGUGUGGGAUGAUCGCACCCAUCGCUGGGUGGCCACAGGCAUCGUAUCCUGGGGCAUUGGGUGUGGCAAGGGGUACGGCUUCUACACCAAAGUACUCAACUACGUGGACUGGAUCAAAGGAGUGAUGGACAGCAAGGACUGACCCUGGAACAAUUGAGCAGUGACCAGUCAACACUGUGGAGGUUGCAGUCAAGAGAGGGUUGGGGAUGAGGAUGGAGCCCUGGAGGGAGAAGCAGGGAACCCCUAUUUAACCCCUAUUUAAGUCAGCACAUGGGAGAGAAACCCUCUCCCAUCAACCUAAACCAUCCCAAACAGGAAGCAGCACCCCACAAGCCCCCUUCUCCCCACCUUCCUGCAUGUUUGCACCAGGAAAGCAAGCUCUGGCAGCUCUCAGCACUCACCGUGCAUGUCUUUGGCAUCCCUUUCCCGUGCUUCAUCUGCUGACACAGCCUCUCCUGUAAUCACCUAUGGACAAGUCACCUUCUCAUCCCUAUUCAGAGGAAAUAUGGAGGAAGGGGUCUAAAUUGCAAUUUUGUGAGGAUCACGAAUUUGAAGCCAGCCUCAGCAAUUUAGCAAGGCCCUAAACAACUCAGUGAGACCCUAUCUUUAAAUAAAAUAUUAAAAAGGGCUGGGGAUGUGGCUCAGUGGUCAAGCACUCCUGGGUUCAAUCCCCUGUACCCUCCUCCCAAAACUGCAUUUUUUUUCUGAACUAUCCCAAAGACCCUUUAAUUGACCUUCAAAUAUUCAAGCUAUGGGCUUCAUCACCUACUAUAACUCCUAGAUGCAAUUAUCAAAAUAUCCCCUUUUUUGUUUGACGUCUUCUCUAUGCCAGGUGCUUCACGUGUUAUUUUACUUAGUCCUCACACUAUUUUUGCAAAGAAUGUGCUAUUAUCCACAUCUUACAAAUGAGGAAGCUGAGGUUCAGGGAGCUACGGUGACCUGUGUUAGUCCCACAGCUGGUGUUCGACUGCAGAGGCUGUGCUCCUUCAGGAUGCCAAGAUCCUCCCAGUUCUCCUCAAGACCUACCACAUCACCCCCUUCCUUGUUCCAGUCCUUACAUCCUCACAGAUUCUCCCUCCCUCAGAGGCCUUGCUUCUAUGUAGAUGGCAUCACCUGCUCACACUUCCUGCUGGCCUGUCCCAUGCAAACACCUAGGUGAGCCUGGUGCUGGAUUGGAAGUUCCUGCAGACAGCCUGGUUGGUACUCCUCUCAUCAUGAAGGUACAGCUACCCAGAGAAGACCAACUCUUUAAUUUUUAGUAAUGGUUUGAGGUGCUUUAUAGUGGAAUACAAAAAGUAAAAUACAACUAUUCAGUGGAAAUAGAAAAUGAAUAACAUAAAACAGAGAACAAAUUUGUUAGUGUUGAAAGUCGAGUUUCCAUAUGAUCAAAGGUUAUAUUUAUCCUGGCAAAACAGCAGGAUUCAAAGUUGUACAUACAUAUGGUUACUUCUGCUUCUAUUUUAUAAACCUAUAGGCAGUACAAAAGACAAUAAAAAUAUUCUCAGGUGGGCAUGGAGUCCCAUGCCUUUAAUCCAAGCUACUGGAGAGGCUGAGAUAGGAGGAUAAGCACCUCAGGCUCGAUCCCCAAUACAGGGAGAAAAAAAAAACUCAAAAUAUUAAACAGAGACUGAAAGAACUAUAGAAUGGAGAGACAACCGCACUUCCACAGAUUCCACCUCUUGGGUCCCCUUCUUCCUCCAGGAGAAGUCUUUUCUGCUGUCCUUUAAUAAACUUCUAAUUUC